AUUUACUCCAAACCCGUUCGCGCGAGAAGGAAAGAAGAUAAGAAAAAAAAAAAAAAGAAAGGAAACGUGAUUACCAACCAUUUAUUUGUUCCAGAACAUGCAUAUCCCCCUUGUCCUUCCUUAUGUAUUUGCUAGUUGGGUAUAGAAGGUUAGUAAAGCAUCGUUUGGAUCUGCUUUCAUGGAAAGCAAAAGAUGAGAAGAUUGUAAAAAAAAAAAAACAAAUUUAAAGAACAAAAAGUCAUAGAGCGAAAAUUGUGCGAUACUUUUUUUAGUAGGAUAACAAUCCCAAAGAUAUGUUGGAAUAGUUUUAAUAACCGCUAGCUAGCAUAGAGACUAAGGGUAAAGAUUUUCGUUUCUAUAAGUAAUUCUUUAUUUUUUUUAUAUGUAACAUUAGGCCAGUUGAAUACGAAAGAAAAUAUUGCUUUUCAGGCAUCGGUGCUUUGUUCGUUUCAUGUAAACGAAUGAUGAUCUGAUUAACAUCAACUUUGCAUUAAAUACUUUACUUAUAAAUUUCGCUUCAUACUCCACAGAAUUCUUCCUGUGACAUACACACGUUUGUCUGAUCAGUUUUAUCAGUUAAUCAGAUUACAAAGUUCGAGAAAUACUUGCCUUUAGGGUAAAAGUUGUCUAAAGGAACCUUAUGGGGUUUGAAUUCUCUACACUUAACAGGAAAAUGUAUUAGAAUUCUUUGCUACAUCGUGUUGUUCAUUACUAGGAUCAAGGCGGUUUGAUGUUUAUAUGUUCAAGCUGACAUAAAUAGUGGAAAGGAAGGAUAAAAGGAUUUCUCAGUAGAAAUUCACUCUAAUUUUAACAAAUUAUUGUCUAUAUGAAUCCUUUGGACGCAGAAAUAAGGAUAUUCUUAGGAUGGAUCACAUGUAAACAAAAGUGAUUGUUUACAACGACCUAGAAACCAAAAAAUCUAUAAAUUUAUUAACAACGCACAUUGUUUCUUUCGAUUUUUCUAUAAAGGAAAAGAAUUGUUAUUAUUAUUAUUAUUGUUGUAUAUAUAUUUUUUGUUUACUCUUUUCUUUUUUUUUUUUUGGAAAUUCAAAGGAUUCAAUUCACAGAAAAAGUCCCUUCUAGCAAACCAAAGUUGAAUCCUGCCAUAGUUCUUUUUAUCCUCUAAUGUUUCAUAAAGAAGCCUUGAAUGAUACUCAAAUCUUGGUUUUGUUGCCUUAAGGACCUGAGCUAUCCAAAGUUUUGUAUCUUGACCAACCCACAAACGCAAAUCUUAUAAAAUUGAAAAUAUCCAAAAUAGACAACUUUUUCAUUUGUUUCUCUGUCUUUUGUCCCACUGAAUUCAAUCUAUAAUCUUUUCAAACAUCAAGAUGCCUCCUAAAGCUUGCCUUUUCGAUAUGGAUGGUCUUUUAUUAGACACGGAAACCAUUUAUACAAAAAGCACAAACAUCAUAUUGGAACGAUACCAAAAAGGUUCUUUUCCUAUGGAAAUCAAAGCACAAAUGAUGGGCCGUCCUUCUCGAGAAGCUUGUCAAAUUUUUUUGAAAUGGUCCCAGUUAGACAUAUCUAGCGAUCAGUACAUCCAGAUGCAGCGUGAAUUGCAAUCUGAGCUUUGGAAACAAACUCGGCCUUUGCCUGGAGCAUUGGAGCUUUUACACCAAUGCAAGUUGCUUGACAUCCCUAUAGCGCUCGCGACCUCUAGUGAUACUCAUAACUUUGUAAAGAAAACGGCGCAUCUAGGAGAAAUGUUUCAACUAUUUGAAAAUAACAUUGUAACGGGAGAUGACGAUCGUCUUCUUCCUGGCCGCGGAAAGCCGAAUCCCGAUAUCUGGUUUAUCGCUUUGAAAAUCAUUAAUGAAAAGCGCAGAGUAAAGGGACAACCAGAGAUUGAGGCUAAGGAUUGUCUUGUUUUUGAAGACUCCAUUCUAGGCCUUGAAUCAGGAAGAGCUGCUGAUAUGAGAGUAAUUUGGGUUCCUGAUCCUUCUAUUCUUCCUUUUUUCUCUUUGUCUCCUGAGCAAGCUGCCGACAAGGGAGUCAUCAAGUGUUCUUCCCUCAGGGAAAUAGACUUGCGCAAAUUGUAAAUCUAUCUUUUUAUAUGGCUUUCUUUCUUUCAUUAUUGUAAGUCCUGAAAAAUAGUUAGACUUGUUUUCUCAACUCUAAAACUGUACAUUUACGUCUGUGAAGACCACUUUUGGAUAAUGAUGCAAAGUUCCAAUGAAAUGAUUUUCUUUUUAUUUUUUUUUCUCAA